AUGCCCCCAGCCCCUCGGCCUGGGAACCAGUGUGCCACGUGGACCUCGGCCUCCUCAGAGCCGCCCUGCCUGCAUGGCCGCCCGUCUCCAGCCACGAGCGGCUGGGGCGGACCCGGCGAGAGAACCCCGGCAGAGGAAGCCGGACCGACACGACCCACCCGCCCCGCAGCUGACCCACCCGGGCCGCCGUCCGCGUCACCCGCUCCGGGGCGGGGCCUCGCCCCACGGCCCGCCUCCGCCCCGGCAGGACCACUUGGGAGCGCCCCGCGCUCGGAUGGGCCCUCGCCGGACGGCCCGCCGGCCCUGCCUCUGGGCGCGGGAGGCCUGGGCGUGGGGUCUGCAGCCGAGGUGGUUGGGGUGCCGCAAGGCUUCGGAAGGAAAUGUUGGCGCAGAGACCGGCGCCCCUGGCCUGACCUCUCGCUGGCCCUUGGUGGGGGCGCAGGGAGGCGACACGCCUGUGUCCUGCAGGCCCGGGGCCAGCACCGGGCCGGAGGAACCGGGAGCCAGCGGCGACAUCAGCAGCAGCCACGGAGACGUGGCGAGGCGCGAGGCGUGCCAGGCCCGGCAACGGCCCUCAGCAUGAUGUCACUGCUGCCCUGUGGCGCGAGGCUGGUCCUGUCACCGAGUGACGGGCGAAGCCGGGCCGGCACAGGGGCCAGGGAGGCGGCCGAGGGGCACGUGUGUGUAUACAGGCCCGCGCGGGCGGAGACGGUGCGGGGGAGCCAGGGCUCCAGCCCACAGAAGCAGGGCCAGGCGGUGGCACUGGGCGUGCAGAGGGUUGAGCAGGCUGCCUUGACAGCUGGCACUGCUGCUGAGCAGCUCUGGAGGGAUGCGCGCUGGAGGGAUGCGUGCAGGGCUGGAACCUCACGCUGCUUGCCUUCUGUGGUGGCCUGCAGCUGCCCCCGCAACCACAGUGGAGCGGUUCCCGCAGGGCCCCUGAAGCCCACUGGUGUCCAUGGAGAGGCUCUUGUCCCUGUGGGCCCUGGCCGGCGGCUGCUCUGUGCAGUGGCCGUGGGGGAGGCAGGGCCGGAAGCUGAGGGCUUGUCCUCAGGGAGUGGGGAAGGCCAGGGCCAGAUCCUGCAGCGCUUUCCAGAGAAGGACUGGGAAGACAACCCAUUUCCCCAGGGAGUCGAGCUGUUCUGCCAGCCCAGUGGGUGGCAACUGUGUGCAGAGCGCAACCCCCCGACCUUCUUUGUCGCCGUCCUCACCGACAUCAACUCCGAACGUCAUUAUUGCGCCUGCCUGACCUUCUGGGAGCCCGCAGAGCCUGGCCAGGACGCUGCUUGUGCUGACGAAAUCGUGGCCAGUGAAGAGGCUGCAGAGGAUGGUGACCCCGUGCGACCAUCACCUGCAUCCGCUGGCCAGCUAUUUGCCCCAAAGACUCUGGUGCUGGUGUCCAGGCUGGACCACACAGAGGUGUUCAGGAACAGUCUGGGGCUCAUCUACACAGUCCAUGUUGAGGGUCUGAGCGUGUCACUGGAGAGCGUCAUUGGGAACCUGCUGACCUGCACCAUUCCCCUCACUGGGGGCUCCCAGAGAACCAUCUCUCUGGGUGCAGGUGACCGGCAAGUCAUCCAGACCCCGCUCACCGACUCCCUGCCCGUCAGCUGCUGCAGUGUGGCCCUGCUCUUCCGCCAGCUUGGCAUCACCAACGUGCUGUCCCUAUUCUGCGCGGCACUCACAGAGCACAAGAUCCUUUUCCUGUCCCAGAGUUAUCAGCGGCUGGCCGACGCCUGCCGGGGCCUCCUGGCGCUGCUGUUUCCCCUGCGGUACAGCUUCACCUACGUGCCCAUCCUGCCGGCGCAGCUCCUGGAGGUGCUCAGCACGCCCACCCCCUUCAUCAUCGGUGUCAACGCAGCGUUCCAGGCUGAGACGCAGGAGCUGCUGGAUGUGAUCAUUGCGGAUCUGGAUGGAGGGACAGUGACGGUUCCCGAGUGUGUGCAUGUCCCACCCCUGCCUGAGCCCCUGCAGAGCCAGACGCACAGCAUUCUGAGCAUGGUCCUUGACCCAGAACUGGAGUUGGCCGACCUUGCCUUCCCACCCCCGACGACACCAUCCUCUUCCCUGAAGAUGCAGGACAAGGAGCUGCGCGCCGUCUUCCUGCGGCUGUUCGCCCAGCUCCUGCAGGGCUACCGCUGGUGCCUGCACAUCGUCCGCGUGCACCCCGAGCCAGUCAUCCGCUUCCACAAGGCAGCCUUCUUGGGCCAGCGGGGCCUGGUGGAGGACGACUUCCUGAUGAAGGUGCUGGAAGGAAUGGCCUUCGCCGGCUUCGUGUCGGAGCGUGGGGUCCCCUAUCGGGCCACGGACCUGUUUGACGAGCUGGUGGCCCAUGAGGUGGCACGGAUGCGGGCCGAUGAACACCACCCUCAGCGAAUCCUGCGGCACGUCAGGGAGCUGGCCGAGCAGCUAUACAAGAAUGAGAACCCCUACCCCGCAGUGACCAUGCAUAAGGUGCAGAGGCCGGCAGAGGCCAGUCACCUGCGCCGCCCGCCCAGGCCCUUCCCCCGGCUGGAUGAGGGCACUGUGCAGUGGAUCGUGGACCAGGCGACUGCGAAGAUGCAGGGAGCACCCCCGGCCGUGCGGGCUGAGAAGAGGACCACUGUGCCCUCAGGGCCCCCCAUGGCUGCUAUCCUGGAGCGGAACAGUGGCCUCCAUGCCAACAGUGCCCGCCGGCUAGAGGUGGUCAGGAAUUGCAUCUCCUAUGUGUUUGAGGGAAAGAUGCUUGAGGCCAAGAAGCUGCUGCCAGCCGUGCUCAGGGCACUGAAGGGCCGGGCUGCCCGGCGGUGCCUGACACAGGAGCUCCAUCUCCACGUGCAGCAGAACCGGGCGGUCCUGGACCACCAGCAGUUCGACUUUGUUGUCCGCAUGAUGAACUGCUGUCUGCAGGACUGCACUUCCCUGGAUGAGCAUGGUGUUGCGUCAGCCCUGCUGCCUCUGGUCACUGCCUUUUGUCGGAAGCUGAGCCCUGGUGUGACACAGUUUGCCUACAGCUGCGUGCAGGAGCACGUGGUGUGGAGCACACCUCAGUUCUGGGAGGCCAUGUUUUAUGGGGACGUGCAGACCCACAUCCGGGCCCUCUAUCUGGAACCUGCUGAGGACCAGGCCCUCUCCCAGGAAGUGGGGGAGGUAGCCCAGCUAGAGGAGCGGUCAGCCCUGGACGUGGCCUCGGAGCAGCGGCGUCUGUGGCCAACGCUGAGCCGGGAGAAGCAGCAGGAGCUAGUGCAGAAGGAGGAGAGCACGGUGUUCAGCCAGGCCAUCCACUAUGCCAACCGUAUGAGCUACCUCCUGCUGCCCCUGGACAGCACCAAGAGCCGCCUGCUGCGGGACCGCGCAGGCCUGGGGGACCUGGAGAGCGCCAGCAACAGCCUGGUCACCAACAGCAUGGCAGGGAGCAUGGCGGGCAGCUAUGACACGGAAAGUGGCUUUGAAGAUGCCGAGACCUCAGAUGUGGCCGGGGCUGUGGUCCGAUUCAUCAACCGCUUUGUGGACAAGGUCUGCACAGAGAGUGGGGUUACCAGCGACCACCUCAAGGGGCUGCAUGUCAUGGUGCCAGACAUUGUCCAGAUGCACAUAGAGACCCUGGAGGCUGUGCACCGUGAGAGCAAGAGGCUGCCCCCCAUCCAGAAGCCCAAACUGCUGCGGCCACACCUGCUGCCUGGUGAGGAGUGUGUGCUGGACGGGCUCCGUGUCUACCUGCUGCCUGAUGGACGAGAGGCUGGUGCAGGCGGCAACGUGGGGGGACCUGCGCUGCUGCCCGCUGAGGGUGCAGUCUUCCUCACCACGUACCGAGUCAUUUUCACAGGGAUGCCCACUGACCCCCUUGUGGGCGAGCAGGUGGUGGCCCGCUCUUUUCCGGUGGCCGCACUGACCAAGGAGAAGCGCAUCAGCGUCCAGACCCACGUGGACCAGUUCCUCCAGGAUGGGCUGCAACUCCGCUCCUGCACGUUCCAGCUGCUGAAGAUGGCCUUUGACGAGGAGGUGGGCUCCGACAGCGCCGAGCUCUUCCGCAAGCAGCUGCACAAGCUGCGCUACCCUCCGGACGUCAGGAGCACCUUUGCCUUCACUGGGGGCUCCACUCACACGCCUGGCCGGCCGGCCCGGAACAUCAAAGACAAGGGGCCCUCACUCAAGACCCUGUCCCGGAAUCUGGUGAAAAACGCCAAGAAAACCAUGGGGCGGCAGUACAUGACCCGGAAGAAGUACAACCCCCCGAGCUGGGAGCAGCGGGGCCAGCCACCCCCCGAGGACCAGGAAGACGAGAUUUCUGUGUCAGAUGAGCUGGAGCCCAGCACCCUGACGCCCACGUCAGCCCUGAAGCCCUCGGACCGCAUGACCAUGAGCAGCCUGGUGGAGCGGGCGUGCUGCCGGGACUACCAGCGGCUGGGCCUGGGCACGCUGGGCAGCAGCCUGAGCCGGGCCAAGUCGGAGCCCUUCCGCAUUUCCCCGGUCAACCGCAUGUAUGCCAUCUGCCGCAGCUACCCUGGCCUGCUGAUCGUGCCCCAGAGCGUCCAGGACAACGCCCUCCAGCGUGUGUCCCGCUGCUACCGCCAGAACCGCUUUCCUGUGGUGUGCUGGCGCAGCGGGCGCUCGAGGGCUGUGCUGCUGCGCUCGGGGGGCUUGCACGGCAAAGGCGUCGUAGGCCUCUUUAAGACGCAGAACGCACCAUCUCCAGGUCAGUCCCAGGCUGACUCAAGUAGCCUGGAGCAGGAGAAGUACCUGCAGGCUGUGGUCAGCUCCAUGCCCCGCUACACAGAUGUCUCGGGUCGCAACACCCUCAGUGGCUUCUCGUCCACCCACCUGGGCAGCCACGCGCCCAGUCCCCGAGCCAGGGUCACCACGCUGUCCAACCCCAUGGCAGCCUCGGUCUCCAGACGGACGGCACCCCGAGGGAAGUGGGGCAGCAUCCGGGCCAGUGGACGCAGUGGGGGCAGCAGUGGCAUUGGUGUGGACGUGGGCUCCCGGUUGGCAGGGAGAGAUGUGCUAGGUGCUCCCCAGCCCAAUGGGGCGCCCCCCGACCCAGGCUUCCUUCGACCACACCGUGCAGCUCUCUACAUCAUUGGGGACAAGGCACAGCUCAAGGGUGUGCGUCCAGACCCCCUGCAGCAGUGGGAGCUGGUGCCCAUUGAGGUCUUCGAGGCGCGGCAGGUCAAGGCCAGUUUUAAGAAGCUGUUGAAGGCUUGCGUCCCAGGCUGCGCGGCUGCUGAGCCGGGCCCCACCUCCUACCUGCGCUCGCUGGAAGACUCAGAGUGGCUGAGCCAGAUCCACAAGCUGUUGCGAGUGUCAGUGCUGGUGGUAGAGCUGCUGGACUCGGGCUCCUCUGUCCUGGUGAGCCUGGAAGACGGCUGGGACAUUACCACGCAGGUGGUGUCGCUGGUGCAGCUGCUGUCAGACCCCUUCUACCGCACCCUGGAGGGCUUUCGGCUGCUGGUGGAAAAGGAGUGGCUGUCCUUCGGCCACCGGUUCAGCCAUCGUGGGGCCCACACACUGGCUGGGCAGAGCAGUGGCUUCACCCCCAUCUUCCUGCAGUUCCUGGAUUGUGUACAUCAGGUCCACCUGCAGUUCCCCAUGGAGUUUGAGUUCAGCCAGUUCUACCUCAAGUUCCUCAGCUACCACCACGUGUCCCGGCGCUUCCGCACCUUCCUGCUGGAUUCGGAUUAUGAGCGCAUUGAGCUGGGCCUGCUCUACGAGGAGAAGGGGGAUCGGAAGGGCCCGCAGGCCUGCAGGUCUGUGUGGGAGUACGUGGACCGGCUAAGCAAGAAGACCCCAGUGUUCUACAACUACAUGUACGCGCCCGAGGACACAGAGGUCCUGCGGCCCUACAGCAACGUGUCCAACUUGAAGGUGUGGGACUUCUAUACUGAGGAGACCCUGGCUGAAGGCCCCCCCUACGACUGGGAACUGGCUCAGGGUCCCCCGGAGUCACCCGAGGAGGAGCGGUCAGAUGGAGGGGCACCCCAGAGCAGGCGCCGUGUCGUGUGGCCCUGUUACGACAGCCGUCCCCGGGCCCAGCCCGAUGCCAUCUCACGUCUGCUGGAGGAGCUGCAGCGGCUGGAGACAGAGCUGGGCCGACCCCCUGAGCGCUGGAAAGACACGUGGGACCGUGUAAAGGCUGCCCAGCGCCUGGAAGGCCGGCCAGAUGGGCGAGGUCCCUCUGGCUCCUUGCUGGUGUCCAGCGUGCCCCAUCACCGCCGCUCGCUGGGUGUGUACCUGCAGGAGGGGCCUGUGGGCUCCACCCUGAGCCUCAGUCUGGACAGUGACCAGAGCAGUGGCUCCACCACGUCCGGGUCCCGCCAAGCUGCCCGGCGCAGCACCAGCACCCUCUAUAGCCAGUUCCAGACGGCCGAGAGCGAGAACAGGUCAUAUGAGGGGACAUUGUACAAGAAGGGUGCCUUCAUGAAGCCCUGGAAGGCCCGGUGGUUUGUGUUGGACAAGACCAAGCACCAGCUGCGUUACUAUGACCACCGGGUGGACACCGAGUGCAAGGGCAUCAUAGACUUGGCUGAGGUGGAGUCAGUGGCUCCCGGCACACCCACCAUGGGCGCCCCCAAGACCGUGGAUGAGAAGGCCUUCUUUGAUGUGAAGACGACACGCCGAGUUUACAACUUCUGUGCCCAGGACGUGCCGUCAGCCCAGCAGUGGGUGGACCGCAUCCAGAGUUGUUUGUCAGAUGCCUGA